UCAAAGUGGUUUUCCCCCUCCUUUCAGUACUUGCGUGGUACUGAUGAAAGCUACCUUUAAAUUUUCUUUUGCUUUUUCUAUAGCUGGUAAAUUGGUAUCCUCGUACAUGCUGUUAUUUAAUUUCUGUAGUCAAAUAUAUGCAAAGUCUUCUGUAUGUUAUGGGAAAGAAACAUUUGUUUCCUGGUCUGUCUGUUAUCCUCUCGAAGUAGAGGUCAAAUUUCUUCAACUCUGCCAACUGGGAGUAAAUGCUGUAGGAGGUAUCUGAUAGAAAAACCCCUGUUAGAGGCCUUAUUCGUAACGCACAUGUAACUGGCUUUUGACCCAGUCAGUUUUGGGGUUUUUUUAAAUACCCAAAGUAGCUUUUCUUCAUUUGUAGAACCAACCUGUGUUUACUUUGUACUAUUUUUUCGUCUGUUGUUUGUCAUAAACUUAUUCUAAAUUAACCCCUCUCCUCCACUGUGCUUUUUCUUUAGCAGGCUUUGUUCUCCUUCCAGAGCAGACCGUGCCACCAGUCCCUCUGAUUCUGCCAGAGUCCACAGACAUACGUUUGUCUAUGGCUGCGGUGUCCUACAAGAAUUUUAACUUUUUUGUUGCAUUAGCUUCUUAGGAAAGCUCAAUUGAGGAGGGGAGCAUUAGGGUUUGUAAAGAUACAGACUCAGAGGUUAGCAAUCCUGAGUUAGCUGUGCUCUUGUGUAUGGUUCAGUGGCAUGGGUGAGCUUUCUUGGUGAGAAGGUAGCGGGUUGUUUCCAGUGAAGCUGUACCUCUUCCUUACUGAGUCCUAGUUAUGUCAUGACAGACCAGUGUCAGGAGUGCUCUCCUCUAUAGGAGCACUUUGGACAUGUAAAGACUACGGUAUCGGUUGUUAGCAAUCUGGUGGAUGCUGAAAUCAAUUGGUACCUCUUAUUACUGGUCAACAAACGAUCAAGGGUUUGAUGUCAAGAACAGCCCAACAAUUGUACUAAAAUUUUGAUAAUUUGAAUGCAAUGUGUCUUUGCCUUUAGUGUAAUGAUGCCAUUUAUUUUUCAGUAAUAUACCUACUGCAAAUUCAUGUUGCAAUAUUUAAAUUUUGUACUACUAACUUAAUAAUUAAAGCAACAAAUGAAUAGUCUUAGUAGCUUGCGGAUGAGAAGAUGAUCAGAGAUCAGGGUUUGGCUUAGGGUUCCUUUCCAGCCUUUCUGGAAUUCAAGAAUUUGGGCACGUCGCCUCUUCUGUCUACUUCAGUUGGCCAGACCAUAACAUGGACAUGUUACUGCUGUGUGGCAGGAACAUACUGGCUUAAGGCAAAGGCACAGCACUGGUAUUGAAUUAAAGUGUUUGAAGCUUUAAAACACCCGGGGGCCGGCUUUGUUUAUUUCCCGUGUACUAGCACGUGGCAAAGAUGUGUAAAAAGGACUGACCAUAAAAUACUGACAAACAGUAGAGUCGCUUAAUAUCGCUUAACUCAUCUUUGUUAAAAGGCUGUCAUAAAUCCAUACGACUCCAGUUCAGCUUCAGCUUUUAGAUAUCUGUAAGAGAUGAGGAGAUGCUGGUGAGUCGCUGCGUGAGUGGUGGGAAGUAGCCGCAAGACAGCCGGGGCGGUUGUAGCGUCGCACUGUUAGUGGAAAGGAACGUUACACAGAACUCGACAAAACACCUCUCUUAUCUGCUGAGAGUAUCUGUCCUCCUGAUGUCAAGGGUUGUGCAAUGUUGGAGUGGUGUUUUGCAAGAUGAUCUGAAUCGUCCAAUGCUCUCCCUUGCUCCAGGCCCGUUGCUGCUGCCUGUUGUGCAAGAUGCUCACCGUGCUCUCCUUCUGGACCCUGACUCCGGUCUCAUUCAGCCAACUAGCCCGAUGAUAAGGUGCACAGCUUUCCCCUGGGAAGUUGAAUUACAAAAGAACUCGAUGGGUGCUAGCUGGCCCAGCAGGCUGCUGUGUCGCUGAAGUCCGUAUCUAGUUCACCCAGUCUUCCAGACCACGUGCUCCAUGCUUUGAGACCAGGAGGACCUUGGUGUUCUGAAAUGAAGAUGGAGGCAGUGGGAAAAGCAGAGGAACUUGUUGAUUCGGAAGUUCCGCCAAAGACUUCUGAAAAGCAAGAGACUGCUCCUGAUGAAGACGGACCUAUAGAACUGGAGACGCAAGCUCAGAAAGACAACGUGCCCGCUGCAGCAGACUCUGCGGUGCUCUCUUCAAUGCCUUGCUUACUGAUGGAACUGAGGCGAGACUCCUCGGAGUCUCAGCUGGCAUCAACAGAGAGCGAUAAGCCAACGGGUAGUCGAGUUUACGAGAGUGACUCUUCUAAUCAUUGCAUGCUUUCCCCUUCUUCCAGCGGGCAUUUGGCUGACUCAGAUACAUUGUCUUCCACAGAAGAGAAUGAGCCCUGUCAAGCUGAAGCUGCUGUAGAGGGAGACCCUUCUGCCGUGUCUGGGGCUGCAGUUGGGAGGAAAUCCAGGCGAUCCAGGUCCGAAAGUGAAACUUCAACGAUGGCGGCCAAGAAAAACCGACAGUCUAGUGAUAAGCAGAAUGGUCGAGUUACCAAGGUAAAAGGGCAUCGAAGCCAAAAGCACAAAGAAAGAAUCCGGCUGCUAAGGCAGAAACGGGAGGCAGCUGCUCGCAAGAAGUACAACCUGCUGCAGGACAGCAGUACCAGUGACAGUGACCUGACGUGUGACUCGAGCACGAGUUCAUCAGAUGAUGAUGAAGAGGUUUCAGGGAGCAGCAAGACAAUCACUGCAGAGAUACCAGAUGGACCUCCAGUUGUAGCUCAUUACGAUAUAUCAGACACAAAUUCAGACCCAGAAGUGGUAAAUGUGGACAAUCUGUUGGCGGCUGCAGUAGUUCAAGAGCACAAUAAUUCUUUAGGAAAUCAAGACUCGGGAUCUACCUGGAGAACCAGAGGGCUGCUAGCUGAACUGAGUGCUGAUACAGGUCAUUUGGAUCCAGGCUUCCUUGCAAGUGACAAAACCUCUUCUGGUAAUGCCCAGGUCAAUGAAGAAAUUAAUAUCGCCUCUUCUGAUAGUGAAGUAGAGAUUGUUGGCGUUCAGGAACAUGCCAGGUGUGUGCACCCCAGGGGAGGUGUGAUUCAGAGUGUGUCUUCCUGGAAGCACGGCUCAGGCUCACAGUACAUGAACACUCAGCAAACGCAAUCAUGGACAGCUGUGACCCCCCAGCAGAAUUGGUCUUCGCCCCCAGAAGUAGUAGACCUCACUUUGGAUGAGGAUACCCGACGCAAAUAUCUACUGUAAUGCAGUGUCACUGUGUUUGUGUCCCCACCCCUUCUUCCCCUUUGUGGCACAGAAGUUCAUUGUUAAAGCUUCAGCUUCAGAAGCCCUGAUCCUGGCGUUACGAAAUUCACACUCAUGAAGUUCUUCAUUUGCAUAAGAAUGUAGUAUAAUUUCAGUAUCACUUAAAAUGUUUUUGCCUUCUCGAAGGAGGAUUCCUCCCUGAAUUAAAAGCCAAUAGCUCCAAAUUUAAAACACAUCUACAGUUACUAACGUGCGUGUGUUAAUCUGAAGAAAUAACUGUGUGCAAACUCGUGUCCUCCCACCCUUUCCCACCUCUGACUUCAGAACGUUUUUAAUUUAUCAGUAUACUGAGUUUGUUAGUAGAAGUUAGUGUUUUGCUGUGUGAGCAUCAGUGAUUUUGAGAAAUGCUGUGUCCUCACUGAUUUCAGUGGAACUGGGGGUAUUCAACACUUCCAAAAAAUUGGGCCAAGAGUAUAUAUACCCAGGCUGAUUUGGUUAUGUUACCAGCAGGAGGGACUUGUCUUUAUAACAAAUGGCCCAUAACAUAUGCACUGAACAGCUUUUAAGUAAAGGAUUUUUAUUUUCAAUAUAAUUUAUAGUUUACACUCAUUUCAGUGCUGAGUCUUCUGUCUACUUGACUACUGUGUUUCACUGAUCAUUUCCCACAGCUUGUUACGGUUUAAAAUAGUAAUAGUAGCGACUUACUAGCAGCUGAUUAUUGCAAAAGCACAAGAAAAAGAAAAGUAAUAAAAAGGCCCAGCACCCCUCUCCUUUUUAAAUAUAGCUGAACUUUUUUACUUGUAUCCCUGUCUUGCCUGGAGUAGGAGAAGGAGAGAAACGGAAGAUUUUGCUUGUAGUCCUCAUUUCUACUAUUGCUUAUUUGCUUCAUUGGCCAUCUCAAAAGAACCCAAACAAACUGGCAAAGCCCCAGUCUGGCAAAGCACUUUAGCAGAUGCACAGCAUUCGGCUUGGACAGUUUGCCAAAACUCAUGGGGCCAUUCCAGCGCUUAAAACUCUGUCCUAAAAGAGGUUGCUGGAUUGGGGCUUAAGGUGGUGAUCUUCUUGGGUUUGGUUUUUUUUCUUUAAACUAGAUCUGCACAGUUUUCCUGGCUUUUGGUCAUGUCUCUUAUCCUGGUUUUGGAAUUGUUUUUAGGGUAUGAUCCAGGAAAACACUUUCUACCAGAACAUUUACCAAAUUGGGUGGUACUUACUUUAGCAGGCUGUAGUUUCUGUAGUGUAGAUGGAGAUUCCUGCCCCUCAUCUGUCAUUUUGAGCCUUUCUCAAGGCAAAAACCAAAGAUUAGACUAACAAGAUGAUAUUCACUUUAAAUGUCUAUUGUGCAAUUAAAAUGUUCCUUUGUAAUCAAAACGUUUCUAGCGGGAGUUUUGUACAGCUCUAUCAUCAGUUCUUUUGCCAUUUAAGGCUGAACAGGGGGAUUAGUCAGGACAUGGGAAGUUCGGCUUUCUUUUUGUGUUGGCUGGUUUCUAAAUAUAUUUGGCCUCCAAUAAUUUUAUCUGUGGGCAAAAUAUAUAAAAUUACCUACGCUGCCACAUAACAUAAAG